GAACACCGGAAGUGCAGAAGGUCGAGGUGGGAAUGGGGAGAGGAACUAUUUAGAGAAAAUAUUAUUGUUGCGUCCGAUUGAGUGCCGGCUCCGAGCAGCGAUUGUCGCCGGUAUUCCCCAGUUCUGAGGCUGAAGAUACCAUGGAACCGCUGUGCAAAAAGAGAAAAACUAAAGCAUUUGAGACUUUCACUUGGGAGCUGAUGCCUGUACUUUCAGACGAGAAAUCUGGUGAGAUUGAACUUAUAGAAGCAUAUGCAGCCUCCAUUAUUAAUAAAAAGCGAACAUCUGCUCUUAUUAAAUACCUGGCUGAUAUCUAUCCACUGAGUAAUCUUCCACAUAUCAAGAGAGUACGGUCUUGCAGGGACAAAAGUGAGCAUCCUUUAGAAAUCAUCAUUUGCUUACAAAGUGACUUGAAUAGUAUGGAUGCACUAAAUGGAGAAGUGUCUCUCCGUGAUCUCUUUCCUGAAGGAAAUGUUGAUGUUACUUGUCUUGGAGAACCUUUUCAAGUCAAAAUACCAGCACACCAACCAUUGACUAGACCGCAGUUUGAAGUAGCAAGCCAGCACUGGCCUACAUCAUUCCAUGAAAACAAGCAAACGACAGAAGCCCUCCAUGGCCAGCUGUUUAAUAGUGAAGAGAAAGCAAAGAUGCAGACUUUUAUGGAGAAAGCCAUCGAAGCUGCAAAAGUGGGAAAGGAACUAGGGAUGGAACCAGUUGGUGCUGUAAUGGUUAAUCCAGUGUCUGACAGGAUCAUCGCUGUAGGUCAUGACUGCAGGAAUGGACCAAAUCCUUUGCUUCAUGCAGUUAUGGUGUGUAUUGAUCAGGUUGCUCAUGCACAAGGUGGUGGUGCUUUUAAUCAUGAUAAAUACCUUAAGUGUUAUUUUACCUCUGCAGAACCUAUUGGUGAUGAUGCAGUCAACACUAUCAAACCUGUGCUUUUAUCAGAUGACCAUAUUCCCAAAGGAACUGUGGCAGAUGGAUUGCCUUAUAUAUGUACAGGGUAUGAUUUGUAUGUUACCAGAGAACCCUGCGUAAUGUGUGCAAUGGCACUGGUACAUUCCAGAAUACACAGAGUUUUUUACGCAACCUCUUCUCCAGAUGGAGCUUUGGGAACUAAAUAUAAAGUACAUACAAAAAAAGAUCUGAAUCACCAUUAUGUUGUCUUUAAAGGAUUAAUGGAAAAGGAAUGUCAACUUCUCUCAUAGUAUCGGAAUAAUUUCAGAUUUACUUAAAGAGGAAAUUAUUUUUUCACUCACAUUUUAAUUUUACUAACUUUACACCUUAUGGAAUUUUGUUACUUUUAUUAAAGUUUUUUAUUGUGG